AUGGGCUCAACAGGCGUAAUGAACCGACCGGGAGAGCUGUGGCAGCAAUCUACAGCCAGAUUGCAACAAUCGACUACGAAAUGGCAGCAGUCAACGACGGAAGUAUGGCGUCGUUCUACCACUGCAUGGCACGACACGAAGGAUCGAUGCCAUCAAACCACCAUGGAAACCUGGCAGAAGUCGGCAGACUCAUUGAAAAAUUCUAAACAUAUGUGCCGCCAGUCGACUGCAGGCAUGUUAGCACGGUCGGCGAACAAAAUCUACCAGUCAACAGACCGAUUACAACAAAUGCAUCUUCUUGAACACCCAACCGAGCAGAAAAAGCUCCCGGCUGAGCAGAAUUCAAACCUAAGCAGUAUAUCAACAACAAACAUCCCUCAGAACUCAGAAACUUCAGAAUCACCACAAGAUGUUCGACCAGCAGGAACCAGAUCUUUGCCAGAAACUUCCAAGUCAUCGGAACCCGAGAUAUCAUCCAAGCCAACGCAACCCGAGAUAUCAAACCGCUCACCACCGUCACCACCAUCACAAUCCUCACCCGUGUCUUCUAUAUCCUCCCCCUCUACCGCCUCUCCACAAUCUCCAUCUGAGACCCGUACCGAUUCAACAGCUACUUCGUCUCUGUCAGUCGACCUGUCAAUGCAAAAGCGACGUCCCGAUGAGCAAGUUCGGGCAUUGCUCAAGUUUAUCGAUCAUGUUUCCUCCCAAGUUCAAAAGGCAAAGCGAAUGAGGGAUUCCAAGUCAACUCAACUAGGGGAAAUUGAACAUAAUUGGAUCAAUUCAACUAUUGUCGAUGCCGAUGACUCGGCUCGUGAACUGGCCGCUCUUCUUGAGCUAUGCCGAUUGGAUAUGGCAAAGCGCAAGGGAAAAGGCAAGAUUGGUUCGACAAAUCGCAAGCAGUGGAAGUUUCAAGGUCGUGGACGUGCCGAGGAAAAGCAAUCGCGCUUGGUUCGAUACCAGUGCCGACUCGACCGAGUACUAAAUCAUCUCGAGAAUCUUCAAAUACCUCAAGAGGUUCCAGCCCAUGAACCCGCAGCAAAGACCGCUGCCGAGCUCUGGGUUACAGAGCCGGUAGCCAAAUCUGUUGUAGAGCUUUCAAGCGAUGCAUCGCCCGAUCCCGUCGCAGAGCUGCCAAGUGAUAUGUCUCCGGAGCCCAAAACUCCAGUAGCUGAGCUUCCCUCCUCAUCUGCAACGCUCCCCUCGUCAUCUGGGACAAUCAUACGAAAGCCCGUGCCGUUCAUUGCAGAGCUUCCCGGCGACUCAGCCAUAGUACAAAUACAACCUGCAUGGACCGCGAAAAAUAUACCCAAAAUUAUCGUUACGAAUACCCCGGAUGAUUCGUCAUUUACUCUAGUGGGAAGUCCAGAUACACCCAACGCAACCUAUGAAAGUAGGGAACUGAAUGAAAUAUUGUCUUGGAAGGAGACACGAAACAGCAUUCGCUUGCAGCAAUCUGAGUCACUUUCGAAGAUCGUGUCCUGUAUGGAAAGCACCAGGUCAAAAUGA